CAUGCGCACUAUGGCGCCACACUGCCCGCGCCGGGUAGUGAGUGAAUGCAACUGGGAGAAAUUCAACUGCGUGAUCUGGACCAGACAGGCGGCGGCGGCGGGACCUGCACUUCUUGAGGGAUUACGCAGCACAUUGUACCCCCGACCGGACAAAGAGUGACUGGAGCACAGGUAGGACGCCCGCACCGGAGCGCGCACCCCGCUUCCGAGGUGAGGAUCCCCGAUAACACCGCGACCCGAGGCUGCGUCAACGGUUUAAGGCGGAUGCGUCAACGGUUUAAGGCGGCGCGGUGCGGCGCCGCAUGUCGGCUUCUGGAGUUCCAAAACAAACGUGACGAAGUCGCUAAUAAAACGUAACGUUUGAACAUGGCGUUGUUCCGCCCGUGGGCCUCUCGUGCACCGUGUGUUGUUGUUGUUGUUGUGUUGUUGUUGUUCACCUGGUGUGUUUUUUUUUAAUGGCUUCGUGGUUUCUCUGCUUGGGGGAAGUUUAUUUUUUAAUGCUUCGCGUUUUCCACGCCGCGCGUUCCCAGCGCGAAAAGUAUGAAAAAAAAAAAAAAGUAAGGCCUCGCGCGAGGCCCCGGAGAGCUCUGAGUGGCAGCCGGCGCAGCCAAUCGGACGCGAGGGCGCCGCCCACACCGGAAUCCUUCGACCAGUCGUGUUCGCAACAACGCGAUGACGUCGGCUUCGGCUUCUCUCGCGCGAUGCCCACUGAUUAUAAAACAAAGGACAAUAAAGUGGUUAAAGCGGCAGACGUUUGAUGUGUUGUUCAACACGGAGCAUGUUGUGUGUGUCUGUAAAACACGGUGGAGUUUUCUGACGUGUACGUGGAAAAAAAUUAUGAUAAAAAAAAUGAUAAUACAGCGAGAUAUUGUUCUCUCUCCCUUUUUUUUUUAAAUUUUUUAUAACAUGUCAACCUGUCAUUAAAUGAAUCGUUGCAACAACAAAAAAAAAUCUUAAUUAUUAAAAAAUGUAAACAAAAUCGUCCCCAUCCGUUUCCUGAUUUCUGCUGCCGGUGGCAUCACACAACACCCUCGUGUGCGCGCGCGCUGGCUGUGUCACUAUACGCCUGGCUCUUUUGUGCGGGCCACGGAAAUGCACAUUUUAUUUUACACACUUUGUGCAUAUUGUUGUUGGCUGAACAGGGCUGCGGUUUGCUCUUCGCCUGGCGAGGGAGGCGCGCGCCUCCGCCGCAGCCGGAUAACCGUUGAGGGUCUUUUUUUCCACCGUCUUCCAUUGUGUCUGCGCGUGAAAUCGGGCUGACGGGAGAAAACACGUGGGCCCGGUAGUGCGAAGAUAUCCGGUUUGAACGUAGCCAGCGAAGGCGAUGACUCCAGACUGGCUCCGCGACGGGGGACCGAUUCGGCUCUAACGUGGACAAAAGAAGGGAGCCUUGAUGUGUGCAGUAUGAGUAAGACGCCCCCUAACAGAAGAGGGAUAUCUUUUGAGGUGGGAGCUCAGCUUGAGGCCAGAGACAACCUCAAAAACUGGUAUGCUGCCAACAUAGAGAAGAUCGACUACGAAGGUGAGAAAGUACUCGUCCAUUACCGCCAGUGGAGCCACCGCUACGACGAGUGGUUUGACUGGACAAGCACCUACCUGAGACCCGUGGAGAGGGUUCAUCUGAGGCGGCAGGGCCUGCAGGACGACGCUCCGGAGCCUGGCUUUAACGUGAACGACAAGGUCCUGGCGAGCUGGUCUGACUGCCGUUUCUACCCCGCUAAGGUCCUUUCGGUCAAUAAAGAUGCAUCCUACACUGUGAAGUUCUACGAUGGUGUUAUCCAGUCAGUGAAGGGGAUACACGUGAAGCCGUUUACUAAAGAGAGUGGUGGCGUUGGUGGAGGGAAGCCUCAGUCCUCCGAAAGCAACAUGGUUAGAAGGGCCCCGAACCGCAGGGACAGGAGGCCCCAGGAGAACGGAGGUCCCAAGAACAAGCGAGCCCGACGCAGUACGUCCGACCGGGAGGAGGACAGCAACAGUGAGGCGGAGGAGCGGGAGGAGGGGAUGAUGAAGAACAAGAAAACAAACGUUGAGGCCGCGCCUUCCAUCAAGCAGGAGGAGGAGGACGCAUCGGAGAUCGCGGAGCAGAACAAGCCCGGCGAUGCAGAAAAGGGACCGGGACUCACAAACGGGGUGAAGGUGGAAGAAGGCAGCGAGCGACACGAGGAAAGGUGUCGCGUGAACGGAGAGGUGAAAAAAGAGGAGGCGGAAACGGAGCACAGUGGAACCAAGCCAUACACGGCGUCGCCAACUCAGACGCCUGCACAGAUGGAGCAGUUGCCCGUCACCAUGACGACCGCGGAAUCCAAUGGCGACGCGGAGCCGAAGCCGAAUGGCCAAUCGGAGAGCACUCCGCCUGCAGCGGACGCGCCGCCCCCCCAGCCCGUGAAACCGGUGAGGAAACAGGGUUUCCACAACCCCAACAGAUUUAGCAGAGAACCACUGUACCGCGUCAUCAAAAACCAACCUCCCCCCGUCUUGUCCAUCAACCUCGACCACAACCCGUUUAAGUGCAGCGCUCCCGGCUGCACAAAGUCAUUCCGAAAGGCCAAGCUGCUGCACUACCAUAUGAAAUACUACCAUGGCGAGGAGCAGCCUCUGGAGGGGGAGCGCAGUCCCACCAGGAGUGUCCAGACCAGGGCCUCUGAGAAACAGACUGCCCCCUCCGGUUUGGAUGGCCCGAAGAGACGGCGCACUAUCUCUGCCUCUAUGCACCCCGUUGGGCCCACUGUCGCUCCCCGUGGUGAGGUGAAGGCUGCAGGCAGGCGCACAUCCGCACCGCCUGCAGUCAACACCCAGGGCCUCCAGCAGAGGGCGCUGCUGAGGGAGAAGAGCAAGGAGAACCAGCUGGACCGGAACGGAUGCCAGCAGCCGGACAAGGACUCGGACAGGAGUGCCUUUGACAUUGGGUCAGUAAAAGACAAACUGAAAGAGAAACCGAAACAGAAGGACUUCCUCCGCAUUAAACUAAAGAAGAAGAAGAAGAAAAAGAAGGCCAAGUCCGACUACACAGGUAGUGAGGAGAAUAUUGACAUCUCAGUAUUGGGUCUUCAGUCCAAAUUGAAUUUGCCACUCAAAUUCCCCCCCUCACACAAUCACAAGCCUGAGGCCUACCCCAGCAGGCCUGGAUUCAGCUACUCACAGCAGAUACAUGUGGAUGAUGAGGAUAGCAUCAGCGACUGGUCGACUGACAGCUGCGGGUGGAGCGACGAUGACUUUGGGGUGGACCAGGACGUCACCAUGCCUCCCCUGAGUGUGGACUCCGGUGCCGUGGACACAAGUGACCAAGAGAUCGUGCGAUGCAUCUGUGAGGUGGAGGAAGAGAAUGACUUCAUGAUUCAGUGUGAAGAUUGCUUGUGCUGGCAGCAUGGCACCUGCAUGGGCCUGCUGGAAGACAAUGUUCCAGACCGAUACACCUGCCACAUCUGCAGAGACCCACCAGGUCAGAGGCAGAGUCUGCGCUACUGGUACGACCGCGAGUGGCUGAGCAACGGUCACAUGUACGGCUUGUCCUUCUUGGAUGAGAACUACUCCCACCAAAACGCCAAGAAGAUCACCACCACCCACCAGCUGCUGGGAGACGUGCACCACGUGGUGGAGAUACUCAACGGACUGCAGCUCAAGAUGAGCAUCCUCCAGAGCAAUACUCACUCAGACCUGCAGCUGUGGCGGCAGCCCUGGAAGCAUCUGGACAGGUCACGGACCGCCCUCGACUCGUGUCGUGGCAGCGAUGCCGCUCCGUCUCCGGUGACUCCCGACGAGGACAUGAGCCGAGGGGAAAUUUUAAUGUCCAACGCUCUGGAGAAGCUGAGCCGGGCGGCCACCGCCGCCACCUCCUCCUCGCCCUGCUCCUCCUUCCCCUUCCCGUCCUUCCAGGACUCCUACAUCAUCAGUGAACAUUGCUACCAGAAGCCGCGGGCUUAUUACCCGGCGGUGGAGCAGAGGCUGGUCGUGGAGACCCGACAGGGCUCGGAGCUAGAGGACAGCAUGAGGAGCACGGAGGAACUGUUGGAGCGGGAGCAGCGCUACGGAAGCCUGCUGGAGACAGACAAGCCCAAAUCAACAGGCACCAAUUACAAGGCUUCGAUGGGCUGCUCCUGGUCCCAGGCUGAGACGAGGGAAGAGGGCGGAAGAGACCCGGGAGAGGCUGCCGAUAACAGCAGGCAGCAUCAACAGAGGCAGAUCAACCUGCUAGACCACAUAGAUUCAGUCCAGGACGAGGUCGCGCACAGAAUGGACUUCAUUGAGCGGGAGCUGGACGUGCUGGAGAGCUGGCUGGACUACACCGGGGAGCUGGAGCCCCCUGAGCCGCUGGCCCGUCUGCCUCAGCUCAAGCAGCGCAUGAAACGGUUGCUGACGCAGCUGGGGAAGGUGCAGCAGAUCGCCCUGUACAGCUCCACAUGAGGGCGCCAGAGAGCAGCGGCAGUGCCGGUCCCCCACACGGCAUGCAGAAGCAGUGCAGCAGUAGGAAGGAAGCCCGCUGGACCUCUGGCUGCAAAGAUAACGACAUUAGUGCAAGACUCGGAUUGUUCCACGCGUUCUCUCUGACCAGCCCUCUGCAGCCGGCUCUCCCUUUCUCUCUUCUGUGAGGUGGAAUCCGAUGCUCGAGCCAGCCAGUGUCGUAUAUUAUCGGUUAUAUGAACAUGUGCGGAAAGUUGGCAUCAAAUCAGGAUGAAACACCAAAAGUAACCUCGUAAAACGCAGAAGAAAAAUCCUUAGGACCAGAUUACACUUCUAUGGUUCCCAUGCAACUCUAAACCUAACGAAUGCCUUUUGUCUGAGCUACUGCUUAAGGUCGCCCUGUCUCUCUCAGUACACAGUGCUUUACACGCAGACGCUUUAUAUUUGGACAUUGCAGUUGAGUUCCUGAACCUACAUGGCCUCUUUGCAAUAGUUUUUUUCUUUUUUUAUAUAUAUAUAUAUAUAUAUAUAUAUACAUAUACAUAUACAUACAUACAUACAUACAUACAUAUACGCACAUGUUUUCAAAUAGUUUGGUUUUCUUCUGCAUCAACAAAGUCCCAAAGCUCCAUUUUGGUCACCUGCCAUGCCGUACUGCAUACUGCAUGAGUCUUUGCUUCAAGUGUGGACAGACGGGAACUUGAAGUAUAUGAGGACAUGUACGAGCGGCCACUACGAAUAAUUUGUUCUGUUUUUGAUGUACUCCAAGGGUUUGUUUUCUACUACACUGUGAAGUUAUUUUUGUCUAAGAAUCAAAGGCAUCUUAUUUUCAGCUUUAGGUGACAUAACAAGUGUGAUUUCUUCUUCUUUUUUUCUCGAAACUGUAAUGCUUCUUUUCUAAAAAAAAAUAAAUAAAAAUAAGUCCCCUCAUGAGUGUUACACUUUUUAUCCGUUAAUUUGUAUGUGUUUUGUUAGUUACCGCAUCUUUGACUUGGAUUUACUAUUUGCGUCGUCGUUGCUGUCGCACUUGACUCACGACUCACUGAAAACUGUAACGCGGACUUGUCUCUUCUUAAGCAUCUUGUCCUUUUUGUUGGUGACAAAUACUACUUAGAAGACAUGAGACUAUUUUCCUCUUUUCUUUUUCCGUUUUUUUUGUUGUUUUUUUUCCAGUAUUUGGCUUGUUUGUAAAUAUAUGUUAUUCAAAAACUGUUGCUCUUCUUUAUUGAAAACAUCCUCCAAAUUCAUGUAUUGUAUACUACUGUACUGUAUGUAUCUGGCUUUGAAGCAGGGAAAUGUCAAAAAAACAAUGCAAACAGAUCUGCUGGUACAUAAAUAAACUUAUCAUUGUUAUUAAUCACUUUGGGCAUA